UCAACUAGCGAAAAACCUGAACAACGUGAGAAGUGUACUUUAGAAACUGUUGGGAAACCCAAACGAUCCAGUGUUGGAGCUGAAAUUAUUUACUUUCUGUUUCUCCAAAAGGAAGUGCUCCUGUGAAUGUGGCUGGAUGAGUUAUGAUGGAGAACAGAGAUGAUGAAGAGGUAGAAAAUGGGCAUGAGAUUCUGCCAUCUAACGCUGCUCAAUAUUCCUCCUGUUCAACACAUGGAAAUCCAAGCGAGAUCAUGGAUGUGGAGGAAGAUGACAUCUUUAAACACUCCACCACUUUGACCAACAAGCAGCGUGGGAAUGAAGUAACAGUACGGCCAGCAACAUUAGACUCUCUGUCCAUACAUCAGCUGGCAGCUCAGGGAGACGUUUUACAAGUGGCUGCACACCUAAGUAAAGACGGUUCGGUGCUCAGCAGACAGGAUGAUCGAGGCUUUACACCUCUCAUGUGGGCAGCUGCGUUUGGAGAAAAAGCAGUGGUGGACUUUCUCUUAGAAAAGGGUGCAGACCCCAAUACAAUUGCGAGGGAGCGAGAGAGCGCCCUGACUCUGGCCAGCUCUGGGGGUUACGUGGACAUCGUUGACUCUCUUCUCAGACAUGGAGUGGACAUUAACACCUACGACUGGAAUGGUGGAACUCCUCUUCUAUAUGCUGUACGAGGGAACCACAUCAAAUGUGUAGAAGCUCUACUUGCCAAAGGAGCAGAUAUGACCAUUGAGUCGGACUCUGGCUACAGUCCAAUGGCCUUAGCUGUUGCACUUGGACACAAAAAAAUUCAGAAGGUUCUGGAGGACCACAUCCUGAAACUCUACAAGCCACCGACAUGACCCCAACUAAAACACAAAGAUUAGACUUCUCUCAAAUCCAUGCAACAUUUUGGUUCGGUAAAAAUGUCCGACAAUAUACAAGUACAGAAAUAUUAACAAACAUGUUAUUUAUGUACAUAAAAUUUAACAAUCCUUGAUGUUUUUUUUAAUAAAUUAUAAUUUAUGUAAGACUAUUUUGAAAUAAUGAAUAAAAUGUGAUUUGUCCUGCGGUUACUUUAACUGGAAUUUUAAAAAAAAGGCUUUUUCUCUACAACUUUUAAUAAAAGUUUAUUUUUUGA